AGGCUGGACCAUCAGAGCACACACGGAGCGGCGCCAUGCACUGCUCUCGGACCAACUGCUAGCCAGCCGAAGAGCCCGACCCAGCCCGAAAUGUUCGGUCCAGGGCUCCCGUUGUUGAAUUAUUUCACUGAUACAAGAUAUAAAGAGGGAGUAAGUGUUAUACUAUGGCGGGGUUUUGAUUUUUACUUUUCCGUCUCGCUCGGUGUAGCGUGGCAACGGCAGCGGAUCGUUUCCAAAGUUGUCUGUUAGCAGGGCGCGUGUGAAGGAUCGGAAUUAAAGGCGCAGUGCACCCGCUGAAUCUGCAAACAUGGAGAAGCAGCAGAGCGACUUGGACCGAGACCGACAGUACUGUGAACUUUGUGGGAAAAUGGAGAACCUCCUCAAGUGUGGUAGGUGCCGGAGCUCCUUCUACUGUAGCAAGGAGCACCAAAAACAGCACUGGAAGAAACACAAGCUAAUGUGUAUGGACAAGGCGCAGCUUCCCAAACAGAAGCCGGAGCAGCCUGCGCCGUCGGGGGACGACGAGGCACAGGAGAAAAACCGGGAAAAGAUAAGCCCCGAGCAGGCGGACGCUGCAUCUUUACCACAAAACUCAAACACAGAAGCACCCGGAGACGAUGACGGACCGGUAGAGGACGUGUCCAACAACACCGCCACACCUAACGGACAAAGUAGCUCAUCCCCUCAGAAACUUGCCAUGGAGUACAUAGUCCCGUAUAUGAACAAGCACGGUAUAUGUGUGGUGGACAACUUUUUAGGAGCAGAGACUGGGCUUGGCAUUUUGGAUAAUGUUAAAGCUCUGCACAAAACGGGCAAGUUCACAGACGGACAGCUGGUCAGUCAAAAAAGCGACUCCACUAAAGACAUCCGAGGGGACAAAAUCACGUGGAUAGAGGGGAGGGAGCCCGGCUGCGAGAAGAUCCGCUUUCUGAUGAGUCGCAUGGACGACCUGGUCAGACAUUGUAACGGCAAACUGGGAAACUACACAAUAAAUGGAAGGACGAAAGCAAUGGUGGCAUGUUACCCUGGAAACGGCACAGGAUACGUGCGCCAUGUGGAUAACCCCAACGGCGACGGACGCUGUGUCACAUGCAUAUAUUACCUUAACAAAGAUUGGACUGCCAAGGAACACGGAGGCCUUCUCCGAAUCUUCCCCGAAGGGAAGGCCCAGUUUGCCGAUAUCGAGCCCAAAUUUGACCGCCUGCUCCUGUUCUGGUCCGACAGACGGAACCCUCACGAGGUUCAGCCCGCCUUCGCCACCAGGUAUGCCAUCACCGUGUGGUAUUUUGACGCAGAUGAGCGAGCCAGAGCUAAAGAGAAGUACCUAACGGGUGCAGGAGAGAAAGGAGUAAAGGUUGAACUUGGCAAACCCUCAGACCCCAGCUAGUGGGAAGCCUGCGUCCCGUACAAACAGCCGUUAAGUGCUCAGUUCGAAGAAAGUGGCCUAUAGAGAGCAUGUGUGUGUUUUACAUGGCAACAGCAGACUUUUUGCGUGAGUGUGGAAGAACCAUUUUUAUGGAGACAAAACAAACAAAAACAGAUUUCUGCUUGUUUUCAGCAAACCGGCGCAGCCCAGAGGACCUUGAAUGUCAUGACAUUGUACUGAAAGGGAUCGUGUGUUUUUAGUUUAUAUUUCCCUUUCACCUCUUCGGUGGAGAGCGCUUACGUUACAGCUGACAUUUUCAUAAAAUCAACAGGAGUUAAGCUUCCAGAGACUCUACACCUUUUGCAUAUUGGUUUUUACAGUUAAUUCCUAAAGGUACAGUGUUCUGCAUAUGCUUAUUGUGGUAUGCUUUUCACAUGGAAUCAGCUGUUAUGAGCUACUGUUUUGCAAAAUUGUACUUGAGGCUGCAAUAAUAUGAGGAAUGAUCUGAAUUAAAAACACGCUUUUCUGACUGAAAUUGUUUGGUUUUAGUUCAAAUUCAAUCAUUUCACAAAAGAGAGUAACCGUCAUUUUUGGUUGUGUUUUGUCCACUCUCUAAUUAACAAAUCAUUUGAGUAAGCACAGAUUUAAGAAGCAACAUACGCCUAAUUCUCAUUCUGUCCUGUUUGCACUAUAUGCAGUUACAUGCUGCCCUCUGCAGGCCUACCGUGAAUUGCAUUCAAUUGCAUUCCUGUAUAUUGAUCAGGUGGCAAAUGAUACAUUUAAGCAGUUAAUUAUUGUAUCAAUAACUUUGCAAAUUGAUUGAUUGGAAUUAUUUUACAUGCACUAUGUACAAAUGUUGCCUUUUUGUUCCAGCCAUUGUUGUAAUUCAUUAAUGGCUUUUUUUUAAAAUAAAUUAUAAUGAAAAACAUCUGAGCUCUAAAGAAAGGAGUCACUAAUCUAAUUUUGACCUCUAAACUUAAAGGGGCCCUAUCAUGCUCUUUUUCACAUUCGUAUUUGUAUGUUGUGCCUCUACUGUGACAUGUUUACAUGCUUUAAUGUUCAAAAAAAGCCUUUAUUUUUCUCACACUGCCUGUACUAUAGCACCUCUUUUCACCCUGUCUGAAGAGACCCCGCCCCUAAGCCUAUCUCGUACAAUGUGUUUGAGCACUAGCCAAUAAAAGUGCCACUGUUGCGUAAUGAUGUCACUAGGUUAUGGAAGUAAACAAAGGAAAACAAUGGAUGUGUUUCAGGCAGGGGGGAAUGUGGGGGACUUUGGCUAUUUUUUUUUUUACCUUUGCAGACCAAAAACACCCUACAGGAAAGGGAAACCCCCAACAUAUCAGGAUCCCUUUGAACCUCACAAGUACACAGUGAACAUGUUCCAGUAUUGUAAAUCAACAAUAGAUUUAUUUUAACAUUUUAAAGCAUUAUCUUUUUUUCAAGUUUAUGGCUACAUAAUUGAUUUAGUCAUUUAAAAUGCAACUUUCUUUUCAAAAAGGCUCAUCAAUAAAAUGGGGAGAAGUGCCAAACAUA